CUCAAAACAUUCUCUAGAAAACCAAAAAAGAAAAGAAAAAACAUAAAAAGAAAAUAUGAAACUUUGCAUGGAUGCACUCGCUAUUACAAGAUUGGUAACUUUCCUAGCAACUUUUACAACCAUCUUGGCCGUCUCGACCCCGAUCCCGGUUGAGAAGUCGCAAAUAGACGCGUGGUUUUCUCAAAAUGUGAAGCCGUUAGCCGAUCGUAAGGCGGAGCUUGAUCCUGCUUUGGUGGCUGCGGAAGAAAAUGCAACCAUAAUUAAAGUAAUGAGCGAUGGAACAGGAGAUUUCAAGACAAUCACUGAAGCUAUUGCGAGCGUGCCAGCAGACAACAAGAAACGUGUAAUGAUUUCGAUUGGAGAUGGCAUUUAUAAGGAGAAGCUUAAGAUCGAUAGAAAUAAGCCUUUUGUUACUCUUUAUGGCUCUCCGAAGGGUAUGCCUAAGUUGACUUUUGAUGGCGAUGCUGCCAAAUUCGGCACCGUUUAUAGUGCUACCUUGAUUGUUGAAGCGGAUUAUUUCACUGCAGCUAAUCUGGUCAUUGAGAAUUCAUCACCGAGGCCAGAUGGGGUAAGAAAAGGAGCACAAGCAUUAGCGGCAAGAUUUAUGGGAACUAAAGCUGCAAUUUACAAUUGCAAAUUCACUGGAUUUCAAGAUACCCUUUGCGAUGACGAUGGUUUACAUUUCUACAAAGAUUGCUUCAUUCAAGGAACCGUUGAUUUCAUUUUUGGAAAAGGAACUUCCCUCUAUGUGAACACUCAAUUGGAUGUGGCGGGGGACGGAGGAUUAGCAGUAAUAACAGCCCAUUCAAGAGAACAAGAAUCUGACGGUAGUGGAUAUUCGUUUGUGCAUUGCAGUAUUACUGGAACUGGCGGUAAAAACACUUUUUUGGGAAGAGCUUGGAUGCCAAGAUCUAGAGUUGUCUUUGCCUACACUACAAUGGCUGAUAUCAUUCAUCCUGAAGGCUGGAACGACAUGAAACAUGCUGGUUUCGACAAGACAGUUAUGUUUGGAGAAUACAAAUGUUCGGGGCCAGGAUCAGUGUCGACCGGACGUGUAUCCUAUGGCAAGCAAUUGAGUGAUGCAGAAGUGAAUCCAUUUCUUAGUCUCGCAUAUGUGCAAAGUGAGAAAUGGUUGCUUCCUCCUCCCAAUCCUCAAGUUUAGAGAUCUUAGUAACGGUGAUUGCAAGAAGUGGCAAAUGUCAAUGGCACUCGGCAAUCAAUUGAGAGAUGAGUUAAUUAUUAGUAAAUUUGUAAUUUGAUUCAAAAUUUUCACAAAAUAAUAUAUCAUUUUUUUAUUCGUUUA